CACAUCUAAUCUAAUCUAAUAAGAAAGGAAAUCUAAAAUCCCCGUUCGAUCUCACGGAGACGGACCUCUCUCUCGCGCGGACGCGUUGCUGUAGCUCGCUCACUCUCAGACUCUCGCGCAACCCCCCUCUCGUGGACGCGUUGUUGCAGAUCCUCGUUCGUUCUCGCUCUCUCGCGUGAGUUUUUGAAUUUGUUGGUCUAUGUGCAGGACCAGCCCCGAACUCCUGCUCAAUCCCUGUGGAUCAGCUUGGUACUCAUCCAUAAUGGAGCUUGGGCUUACCUUUACUUUUGACUGCUUGAUGUUUUAAUGUUACUCUAUUUUGUUUUCCAUUGUUUUUAUUAGUUGACCCUGAAACUUUACCAUUUUGUGGUUUGGUCUGGUUUUCAUAGCAUCGAUUUAUCCCUGGAAGAAAGUAAACAAAAUCCUGUAGAAUAGCUCUUUGUGGCUUUUAAAUUGAAUCGAGGAUGGGAGACGAAGCAAGUGAAGAGCAUCAAAGGUCGCUAGCAGCUCCUUUCAUAUUUUUCGUGGUUCUCGCAUUUCAGUUUGCUUCUCAUUGGAUUGAUCACUUUAAGAAGAGUGGAUCUGACAAAGAAAAAGAAACUAAGUUGCGUGGAGAAAUAAAAGAGCUUUUGAAGGAGGCAAGCUCACUGUCACAGCCAUCAACCUUUGCACAAGCAGCGAAACUCAAGAGACUGGCAGCUGCAAAGGAGAGGGAACUGGCAAAGUGUCAAAAUUUACAUCACAAGGAUGAUGCUUUGUAUUCAAAAGUUCUGCUCAUCUCAAAGGUUUUAACAUAUUUAAUUCUGCUUAUCUGGUUUUGGAGUGUUCCUGUCUCUAGCAUAUCUCAACAACUUGUGCAACCAUUUGGGAGAUUAUUAUCUUGGAGGACUGGAGGGGUUCAAAAUAGCAAUAUUAUGGUUGGGAUAAUACCUUGGCUGAUAGUGUCUACCAGGGUUAGCAGAUUUAUUUGUAGACUCACCUAUGGCAAAUAGAUUGUCAUGAUAUUCAAUUCUUCAUCUAGAAUGACAUAAAAUUGCUAGCUGCUUGGGUUGGUAUCCUGCAUUUAAAGUGGAAGGGACAUAUGAAGCAUCUUGAAAUUCGUUCUUUCGCUCCAUGUCUGGUUGAUAAGUUUUUAGAGUUUCAUUUUAUUUUAGUACAGACGUGUAAGAUCCAUUCUGCAUAUGCAAGCAAAAUUUCAUGCUUGUAAUAUGAUAGCAUUAAGUCUCUUACAACCUCCACCCUCAGUUUUGGUCUUUAUUAAGGAAAUUUGUCUUUAAAUGCUUAUGGAUUAAUCAUAUUUAUUUAUUCAUUUAUUUUUGGUGUUGAAUAAUGGGUUUGUAAAUUUUGAGCAUCUGUGAUUUGUACUUUAGACUAGAGCUAUUGUGAUUUGCUUCCAUUAUAACCUAAAGAUAAAGGUUUGGUGCAA